AUGGAGGCAUUGCCGCGAGUGGUGUUUGCCGAGGGGCUGCUCAAGGGGGAGGUGGCCAUCGUCACCGGCGGGGGCACCGGCAUAGGGCGGCAGAUCGCUCUCCAGCUCGCGGGGCUUGGAGCCAAGGUGGCGAUAUGUGGCAGGCGCCGGGAGCCGCUAGAUGACACGGCCAAGGAGCUGCAGGCGCAGGGUGCGGCGGGCGUGCACGUUGGGUGCUGCGACAUACGCGACUACGACCAGGUCAAGUCCUUCGUGCUCGACGUCCAAAAGCAACUGGGCGACGUCACCAUCCUGAUCAACAACGCUGGCGGGUACAUAGGCACUGCGUAG